AUGUCUGAGUCGACUCCUGUCCAGGGCAACAACACGCCGGACGCCAAGCAGGAGGGCGGUGUCUCGUUGUCAGCUUCUGUCAACACCACGAGCAGCGACUCAUCUCCCAAGCUGAGCGCCAAUGCCUCGCCCUUCAGGCCAGAGAUGCCCAUCACGCCGCUCGCCAUUCUUAGCCGCCACAGCGACAGCGACGAUGAUCAGCCUGGCCCACUCAUCGUCAGCUCUAACUCGAGCGUGGGACGGGACACACCCAAUGGCGACAAAGGCAAAGGCAGAGUAGACGCUGUCGUUCAGCAGCCUAUCGGCACUCGAGGCCCCAAUGUAGCCCCUGCUCCAGUCCACGUCCACUUUACCACAGACAUCGGCCCUGGUCUGUCGUUCCCGGGGAGUCACUAUCUCGAGGUCAAGGUACCCAUCAGUGACCUCGAUGGUCUCUCCAAGAUCAUGACUGAUCUAAGUACCGAGGAGAAGAUGCUCGGCAUGAAGGUCGAGAGCGGUGGUGGCAACUUCGAGCUGACCUACGGCAUCUGCUUCGACCAUGUCGAGCACACCGAUGAGUUCCACUACUACAUCCAGCACAGCUACCCUGCCUGGACUUCGCGCUACAUCAGCCAGGCCGACUACGCCAAGAUGCCUGAGAAUCGGACCGCCCCAGUCGACAGCAACCAUUUUGACGGACAGAUCAUCAUGGUCGCCACUUUCCAGGGUCCGACUGAUGGCUUCAAGAAUGACGAGGCUGUCAAGACUGCGCGUGACUUUGCUGCAGGCUUUGGCACGGUCAAGGCUUUCAUGCCACUCACCAAGGCUUGGCCGAACAUCGAGUUCCGCGUCGAGUAUCACAAGAUCUCUGAUGCCAAGAAGGCGCUAGACACCGCGAGCAAAGAGGCAGCAAAAGUCGUUGGCUCCUACAAGCUCUUCGUCAAGGAGAUGAUGCUCGCGAAUGCGACAACCGGCGAAGGUGUUGCCGGCCCAUCCCACUACCGUGAGAACAGUCCGACGUCGCACGGCUUUGUGUCUGGCAAUGGUCAGCACAUCAGUGAGACCGGCCGCACUACCUGGUCACUCGAUGACAAUGGCGUGCCUCAAGCUGGCAAGCCGAUGCGUGUCGUUCCGAAGGUCGAUGGCGCUGCCUCGGGUCCUCUCAUCGUGAGCACGCCUCAGCGCGAUCGCUUCCACUCUACCCCUCAGCCAAACACACCUCAAGGCAUGAUGUACGGCACCAUGAUGCCACCUCGCAGCGGGUCCUGGAACGGGCCACUUCAAUUCCGCUCUCCUGAUGAGCAACACGUCUCCACUCCUCAGCAAGUUGAGGUCUGGAGAAUCGGUAAUGGCACGGAUGUGCGUACGACGGUCAUGCUUAGGAAUGUGCCGAACCGUAUGACCUUCGGUGAGCUGAAGAACUACAUCGAUUUUACCUCCAAAGGCAAGUACGAUUUCUUGUACUUGCGUAUUGACUUCGAGAAAAACACCAACGUCGGCUAUGCCUUCAUUGAUUUCGCCAAUCCAGAGGACAUCCUGGAGUUCCUGACCCACCGCAAUGGCACUCGCUGGUCGCAGAGCAAUGGUCGUGUGGUGCACCUGUCUUACGCCACCAUCCAGGGCUACGAUUGUUUGGUCGAGAAGUUCCGCAACUCUGCCAUCAUGCUGGAGAAUCCCGAAUACCGCCCCAAGCUGUACUACACCAGCGAGACGGCGCCGGAGCCUAGCAAGGUUGGCGAGCAGCGUGAGUUCCCGGGCCCGAACAACGUCGCCAAGCAGCAACGCUCCAUUCAGAAUGCUAGCGAGAUGGGUCUGUACACUCCCCACGGCAACCGCAUGCACCGCGAUCGUGGUCGUCGAUCUCAGUAUGAUCGCGGCACACCCGCUCAGCUCCAAGAGGAGAUGUUCUAUCAUGGCACGCCAAUGCAGCAGGGCCAGCUUACCUACGCCGGCUACGGUAACACCAAUAAUGCUUACGCCAGCCCUCAUCAGUAUGGCAAUCAGCACGGCUUCCAGAACAACGGCUAUCCUGUCCACGGUUUCAUGAACGGACAUCCUGGUAACUGCUAUGCAUUCACCCCUCGUAUGGCUGGCCCGCCGCCUUUCUUCCCGCAGAUGGGCGGUUACCAUGAGAUGCCGCCGCCUUACUUGGGCCAUCCAGAAUUCCAGGAUCCCUUCGCAGCCGAUCCUGAUACCGGCGUGUACGGCAACGGCUACAACGGCAAUCAUGUCAUGCAUGUUGGCACUCCUGGCGCUCGAGUCUACACCAUGACCCCUGGCGGCCCUGUCCAGAGCCCGGGCGGCGCCAUGUCUGCCGUCGCUGAGGUUGAUGAGACCGGCUACAACGAGCACCCAGGCCCUCACCACGGCUCUAUGUCGUAG